AUGCCCCGCGACACACAAGUGAGGGGUCAAAAAGACAAGGGAAAGAGUGGCGCGUCACAACGACGACAAGAUUCUUCUCAGAAUGUGUCUCAAAGUCGGCGGAGACGCGACCGGGAAGAAAGUGACGAUGAUGAUUUGGAGGAAGAGGAUUCAGGCACCUCUGAUGAUGGCCCGAGUGUGAGCGCCGAUAUUAAAGCGUAUGACCUUGUUCGAAUGGCCCUCUUCGCAGAAAACAGCAAGACAUCGUUGAAGAAGGACGACAUAAAUAAAAAGAUUAUAGGGUCUCGGGCGAGAAUGGUUAACUAUGUCUUUGAAGAAGCGCAGCAGAUAUUGAAUCAGACAUUUGGCCUUGAACUUGUCGAGCUCAUGACUCGCAUCGAAAGAGAUCAGGCGGCAUCGCUAGAUGAUGUGAAAGGGAAGAAAAAAGGUACAUCUUUGAGUUCCGAGACCGGCUCGUCGAAAGCUUACAUUCUACGCAGCACGCUUCCUAAGGCGUUGAUUGAAGCAGCUAUGGAGCCAUCUCCGAUUAUUAGGGAGGCUCUGCUCGAACAAGUCGAAGAAGAGGAGGACGAGGAGAAUUCGGCACCUCUUGACGAUACUUUGAUUGCUUGGAGGGCUGCCGACGAUCCUGCAUCCAUAGGUAUCCUUCACGUGGUACUCGCUUUAAUUAUGGUGAACGGCCGUUCCAUCCCAGACCCUCAACUACGUGCCCAGCUCAAACAAUUGAAACUCCAUCCUGGUGUCCCAAUCCCUGCUUCAGCAGGGGCCACCCACAAAGGGAACAGUAUUGAUGUUCUUCUGGCUUCAUUUACCAAAUCUGGCUAUCUUGAUAGACAACGUAAUCCCCUUGCCGGAGGAAGUGCUCCAGGUGCGACGCAGGGGCGAGGGAGGAAGAGGGCAAAUGAUGAUGAUGAUGGGCGCGUGGACGAUUAUGAGUGGAAAUGGGGCAGCCGUGCAUUCGCUGAAAUAGGCGAAGUCGGCGUUGCGGAAUUUAUUCGAGAUUUUAUGGGGGAGCGCUUCAGCCAGAGGGCUAUCGAAGGAGAGGAAGGAAGUCCUCGCGAGGAAGGUGCAAAGAGCAAAGAACAGGAAAAGUAUGAGGAGGUGAGAUGA